ACGCGACAUGCGUCAUCCAUUUGGGCACUAGGCGUGUCCAUAAUGCCUCUCCCCGAGUAAACAGCCAGGUAGUCAAAUAGGUUAAAAUAUGUAGCAUGUGGCAGUUCUAUGGAAAAGAGACAUGUUGAAUUAUGGCCUAUGGAUCUAUUAUUUACUCUAAGCAGUCUCAUGUAAACUACGUGUAGAGUUUUCUUGUGUCAUAGCACGUACAACAGGUAGUCAGGUUAACUGCUGACAUUGGCAACCAAGCUUUUGUUUAACUUGAAAUCAGGCUAUACAGCAGGAAUAAUCAUGAAGGCAUUCUCAGUUGCAAUUUUUCUUCUUCUGUUCAUUCAUCAGACAGCUGCAGCAAAUGGGCGCUCAGAUAAAACUACUGUAAUUAAAACUCUGGGGGCGAAUAUUCUACUUCCGUGUUGGAACACUGCGAUGAAUGCGACUCCCUCCUUCACGCGAUGGAUGAAGAAUGGACAGUUUAUCAUUGGCCGUAAUCAUUCCAUAAUUCUAACACCUUCAAGUGAAGCGCACCUGACGAUAAUGUACAAUCAAAGCUUGUACAUCAAUGGACUAGCUUUAUCAGAUGAGGGGAUAUAUCUUUGUGAUUCCUUACCCCAUGACAACAACACUCAAACAAGUCUGACAUUGCAAAUAGUCAGUGGUCCUGGCAAUGGCAUCACAGACAUCCACCCAGCCACAAUCCUUUCCAAUGGAACCCUCAUCGUCCACAAGGGCUCCACCAUGUUGUUCAACUGCUCCAGCUGGUCCUAUCCCUCCCAGCGUCUGUCCUGGGGGUUUCAGGGUGUGGUGUCCAGAAAUGACUCUCUGACAGCGGGCAGUGGGUCCUGGCUGGACUUCAGGAUAGAGGACAUCCAACCCACAGCUCAGGGGAACUACACAUGUAGAGCCCAGAACUCAGUUUCCCAGAAGGAAGUUGGCUGGAGCAAAGAGCUGCUUGUAUACUAUUCCCCAGAGAAGCACCCGGAGUGUCAGUGGAAGAUUGCGAAGGACCCGUCCCAUGUCCAGUUUAACUGCAGCUGGUUUGGAGGCUACCCCUCUCCCACGUUACUCUGGGGGGAGAAACAUCAAGUGCCAGCGAGCCAGGGGAACCAGGUGGCUGGACAGCUAAUGGAGUCAGAGGUGACAGACCGUCUAGUGGUAAAUCUGAACAGGUCGUUGUUGUUCGAAGGGCAGACGCUGAAGUGUGAUGGGUAUCAUCCUAUGAUUAGUACAGAAGACGAGAAGUUCUGCUCCUUCACGCUCAAGUCUCCCUAUCCUGAAGGGGAACCACUGGUCACAGCUCUCGAAGGCACCAACAUCACAUUAACCUGUAAAGAGUCCAGCUCCCUGCCUCCAGCCCUCACCACCUGGCAGAGGACAGCCCAGCAGGAGGACGUGGUACCCAGCCCCAAGUAUGUCCUGUCAGGACAGGGCCCCACCUUCAACCUCACCAUAGUCAACAUCACCAAGCAGGACGAGGGCCUCUACUUCUGCAGGAGCGAGAACCCACUGAUGGUCCGCGAGCUGGAGAUCUAUUUAACAGUUAAAACCUCAUCUCAAUACACUGGAGCAAUCAUUGGGAUAUUCCUAGCCAUUUUGAUCGUAGGAUCUGGGAUUGUUAUCGCUAAAACAGUAUAUUCCAACCGUGACCGAAUUUGCCUGGGUAAUGGAUUUGAGCGAAUGGAGGAGGAGAGGGAAGAUGUGUUGAGCCUGGUAGAGUCCGAUGAAGAGGUGUUUCCUGAAGCAGUACCCAGACUGCCACCUCUAUCUCUGACUAAUGGACACAGCACUACACUUGUACAAAUACAUCGAAUCUCAUCCAAUGACCAUGAAGAUGAAGAAAUUGUUGAACAUCCAUUACAGCUAGAAAAUACAGAUAUGGAAGAACUUGUCACAUUUUAGGUGUUGGAAGAUUACAUAAAAACAAUGUUUUAAAGAAUAUCAAAGAUAACAUUUUACUACCUAUGAAACUGUGAAAAGAUGUGUAAUUAUUGGUGGUUGGCUUUCACAGUAGCCUAUGUAGAUGUAUGGGUCAGCUUUUUAUCAUCCAUUUCACUUUUUUGUUUUUGCUUCAGGCUAAUUAAUUGAUAAUUAACAGGGUUAUUUAAAUGAAUUGUUGCCAUUUGUCUCAAUAAAUGACAUUUUUCA